UCAUCAUAAUGUUAUUCUAAACGGCAAAGUCACAACUCGCAACUUCUGAUUAAUUGAGUCAUUUUUCUGGCAUUCUGAUUAUGUAAUGAGGUGCUUGCUCUUGUGGAUCGUGGAACACUGAGGAAAAAAGGAGGUUUCCACCGGAAGCCCAGAGCUUCAACCUGCAUCAGGAACUUGCUUCUGGGAAUGCGUCAGCGAGUUUGUUCCUGCAGAUGGAGUGCCAGGUUUGCAUUCAGCGCUACGACGCCACGAUCCGCCGCCCCAAGAUUCUCCCCUGUGGACACACUUUUUGCCUCAAGUGUAUCGAAGAACUGCACACGAGGAAGUGCCCCCUAGACAGCAAGGUCUUCACGCCGUCACCGGAACUUUUGGUGGACAACUUGAGCCUUCUUGACGCUUGCAACUCGUUCAUGCAGCUCGUUGAGACAACCCCUCGCUUGUGGUGCCGGUCCUGCAACAACCCCGCCACGGAGGCGUGCGUGGACGACGGAGGCCAUGCCGUCGUCACCUGCAAGAAGGCGAGGCUGGACGACGCGGGGCCGCUCCUGGAGGAGCUGGACCUCAGCGAGGCCGCCCUGGACCGGAUCGCGGAGCUGGUGUCCAUCCCCGAGAUUGAGGAGGCGGCCGAGGACCUGCGCCACCAGCUGCAGCGGACGAAGGCGUCUCUGCACGCGGCGAGGGAGCGCCUGCUGGCGGCGCGGGAGGCCGACGACGCGGCCUGGGGGCAGGCCAAGCAGGGCGCGGCGAUGGCCGGACUGUCCCGGCGCGCAGACGACGUGGUGGCCGCCCUGAGUGACCCCAGCACCACCUGCGCCUUCACCGUGAGGUGCGGCGACGUGGCGUGGAGAGGCAACGUGUCGCCCGCGGAGGACGCCGCCGCCAGACUGAUUUUGUGCCGACUCGCGUGCGGGCUGCAACGCACCAAGCGGGAGCCCGAAGAGCCGCCGUCGUCGUCAGAAGGACAAGAAUCGCAGGAAGAGGAACCACCAAGUCAAGGGCCACUGCAAGAACCUCGGCAGGAAGGGUCACUGCUAGAACCACUAAUUUUGCAGGAACCUCAAGGUAAAGGACCGCUGCAAGAAUCUCGGCAGCACGGUGCACUGUUAAAACGGCAGAGGCAAGGACCACUGCAACAACCACGGCAGAAAGGACCACAGCAACUAGCUCCUCAAAAUCACUCUGACUACGGCACGCCCCCCACGCCCGGCACCCCAAGCUUUGUGCACGACGUUCCCUCGGUCACCGAUACUGCGCUUAUGCCUUGGGCCAACGCCAUGCAACCCAGUGCCAACUAUCGCCUCCGCCCUCUCCUGCGCGCUCCGUUGGUUUCGCCACUAAGAAAAGAGCCGUCAGGAUCAGCUCUUGAGAUUUUUUGUGAUCAUCUCAGAGGCCCUCAAGAUUGCUCCAACGAAAUGGCCGUGGAAGAGAUGGCGGCCAAGAUGAUUGUGGGGUCCAGGGUGGCGCGCGGCAGGGACUGGGACCUGCGGUGGACCGAUGACGGCACGCCGCCGGGGCCGGGCACCGUGGUCGCGCGGACGGGGCCCGCCUCUGUCAUGGUCAAGUGGGACAAGGAUGCCACGCAGAGACCCCGGCCCAACGCCGUGGGGCGGAACGGGAUCUAUCGCCUCCGCCUGCUGUCGCCCAAUCCCUUGAAACCACACCUAGGAGCCCAGAGAGGAGACGAAAUUCUUGAUACGGACAAUUUGAGCUCGGCUCAAAAGAAGAAGCUCUUGACAGAUGGCAGCCUCGCUCAGGUGCGCUUCGUUGCUGGCCUGCCCUGCGCAUACUCCGCUGCCUGGUGCGAGAAAGUGCUGCAACAGGUGGCGCCCCACCUCAAGGGCUUGCAGAUGGUGUCUCCUUCGCAGCGUCACAUAGACGUGGCCCUGGCGAUGCCCAGCCUGCAGGCCCUGUGCCUCACCGACGUGACGGCCCAGCAGCUGCAGCAGGUGACCGAGAUAGCCUCGCUGCGCAGCCUGGAAGUACACGGCCAAGCGGACUCUCCGCUGCCACUGUGCGCGUUCCAAGGGACUGUGUCGCGGUUGAAGUGGCUGCGCUGUGGCAUCUACCCGCUGGCCACCGCGCUGGGCCUGAUGCGCGCGCACGCCGACACACUGGAAGAGCUGCAGCUGGUAGCGGCCUCCACAGAGCCCUACGGCUGCCCUGACCUUGCACGCGCGCUGCAGAGUUGUAACUUCAACAGUCUGACGCGGAUGGUGCUCCUACGGCAAACAGGCUUCAACACUCCGUGUCGUCACGACAAAGCCACGUGCAAGGUGCAGAUGGGGCAACUUUGCGACAUUUUUGUUAAAAACAGCCGUGUUAAAAUCCUGUCCUGCACGGCAUGCGAAAGUGCAGUCUCUAUUGCUUGAUCUUUAUAACGUUUAACUUUGUUCAUUGUUUUAGUUUUUUAUAUUCAUUGUGAUAUUCAUCUGAGAUUUAAGGGGCAGGCAGUUGCUGCUUUGCGAAAAUCAGGAAGAAUGAUUUUCAUAAGGAAUCUUGGCUGCAAUUUACUGAAAAAUCGUGGGUUACCUUAAGAAUAUUUAAACGUGUUCCAAAUGCUCUCUACUCCUCCGUGUUGGUGGUUCUUUAUGUUUGCAUACGUGUUCCCGAGAUUAUCAUACAAUGUAACGGGAUUAUGAGGCACCAUUAUGGUAUAAUAUCUGAGCGCACUGUGCAGACAUUGCAGUGUGGUUUUGUUAUGUUACGAAAGUUACCAUUUUUGUAAAGCUCAUGUUCUUAACCAUUUAAGGACAAGCGCAUUGUUUUGUUUUUUAUCUGUACGGAAUCAGAACCUUCAAUUCUGGGCAAUCUUCCACACUUUUGGUCCUUAGCCAAAUGCAUAUGACUUUUUUUCUAUGACCAAUCAAAGGACAGCAUAAUAACGCUGUAAAAAAGAUACAGUAAAGGGAAAGUGCAGGGUUGACCUAAUAAAAAAAGUACUUAUUUUG